AUGCUCCCAAGCCCUAUGAGCUUUGGAGUGGAGGAAGGCACAGAAGUGACAGUGGAUGGUCCCAUUUGGAAACAGAUGGUGAUCCCGCAUGGGGCUAUUUUGGAAGUAUGCUACGCCGGGGCUUCCCUCGGGCUUGGAACGGAAGAGUGGUUUGCGGUCCUCGUGGAAAAGGUCGAGGGCUCUGUGGCAGAUGGCUGGCAGGUUACUGGCCGGUUUUUGGGGACAGAAAAUCCCACCUUGUCAGUGGAAACUGUGGCGGUGCUCGAAGAAGGUUUCGUGCAUCUUUGCCCCGGAGACCCCUGCUCACUGACGGCAGACGAGGUCCCUCUGAUUCACGCUACAAGGGUAAGAUUGUGGAGACCUAUGAACUUCAGCUGCACAUAUCUCUCUGGCGGGGGAGACAACAUCCUCAAAGCAGCGGUUGCCAAGGAGAAGAGGUCGCUUACCCCCCGGGCUCCUGCGGCUCGAACUGCGAAAAGGCCUGCAGCCAGACGCGCUCCGGCAAGUCGGGGGCGCGGGCGAGGCACUACUCCCGGGCGAGGCCGCCUCAAGGUCGAAGGUCUGGAAGACACGAUCAGCUUGGUGUCCGACGAGGAGGAGGGCCCUGCAGAAGAAGGGGGGCCUGCCUCACCUAUUACCGCCGCUCGGCGUGGAGCCUUGCGAGAUACGCUGCGGCGAACAAAAGAGAGGAUUCUCGGUGGUCAAGGCCCUGGUCGGCCUGUGACGGCCGCAGAGGAUUUGACUGGUGGCGACGCUCUUGCUGGCUCAAGCCGUGCAGUGGGAGAGUCCAGGCUGGUAGCUGGGACUGCCUUCAACCCUGCGAGACAGACCCCCCUGCGAUUGCGAGGAUUGGAGGAUACAAGCGCCGUAGAUACGAAGCGCUUGACGAAGAAACUUUCUGGGGGGAGCAGGGCAGCUUCCGAGUUGCUGGCGCAAGCCGUGCAGCAGUCGGCCCGGGAUGCCGAUCACCGGAAGCAGAAGAAGCGCGAGAAGUCCAGGAAGGACAGUGUCCAGCAGGCACAGCAGGACCUCGAUGUGGCAGUGAAGCCAGAUCCAGGGGAUCCAGAAGGAUCCAGUUCAAGCGACUACGACAGCGACUCUUCAAGGGCAGACGCAGACAGGGGCCGGGUGGACUCCGAGGAGGACACCGAUCUGGAGUGCGAGGCCCCACUCCGCAAGCGGGCGGCAAAGCAGCCUGGCAGUGUCAUGGAGAUGUUGAUCAGGCACGCACAGGAACAGAUGGACCGCGGGUCGCUGUUAGAAAGCGACGGUUCAAAGGCAGGCCUGACAAGUGGAAUAAAGGUGUCCACCUACUUUGCCCUCCUAAUUCGUCCCUUUCAUGCGACCAACUCCCCGCUGGUCAGGGAGCUCUAUGCUUUGGCUCAGAGCAUAGAUCUUCUCCGGAUGGGACGAUUACCGGAGACAGCGGAUGCUCUAGCAUCCCGCUUCAUAGCAGUUCACACUGCUCUGAGCGAGGGCAAUUGGCUGACGGCGAGCCAAUUAGAGCUCUUCCCCCUCGAACCAGUGGCCAGCGCCUCCACAGCGACUAUGUUGGAAGCCCAGAAGCACCGUCGCCUGGUCUUAAAGAGCCAAGGCUGGGGGCAGAACACUCGCUGGCGAGACGAACCCCUGGCGCGACAACAAGGAGGAUGCACAGAAGAAGCCCACCACGUGAGGGCUCAGGUGGUUUCACAGAAUUCAGUUUCAAGUGAUGGACUGGAGGUGAGGCUGGCUCCGGCCGCGCCCUCGCUUCCUGGUUGGCUAGGUGACCAUAGGGUUUUUAAUGUCUUAGCUGAGAGAUGCUCGUGCUUUGACUCGCUUGGGCGUGCUAUGGCCUGGGUGCUUUUCAGGUUUCCUCAGUUCGACCUGGAUGUGGGGGCAUCGGUUGGUGUCAGACUGGCCAUCAUGGGAAGGACAGCUAUGAACUACGCCAUGCACCGGGGCCCAGUCAAACGACACAGGCCUCUUUUCCCCUUACCCCUGGGUGACCUCGUGAGGGUUCGGGAGGCUGCAUGGACAAGUGAUUUUGCUGCUUUUUGUGCUCCGCAUUUUGCGGACUUGUCAAUGGAGGAGGUUUGGACAGCAGUGACUGUGCUGGGCUUGAACGCUGACUUUGCACUGGAGCGACCGCCAGCCCAGGCAGAAAAAGAGCUGGCAACGCGGUUUGUUAGUUAUACUGGGGAGGAGGAGAUUGCCGAGAAGCUGACAGUGCUUGCGCGUCUCCCGCCGGAGAACCGAGUCCGGAGACUGGCACCUUUGCCGGUGUGGUUAACCAACACCAUGCAGGAGGCUGAGAAGCAGAACCGCCCCUGGUAUCACGUGUAUCUGGACAACUUUUGUGCAAUGCAGUUGACUACGGCUGGCAAAAGCGCCGAUGCCGGGCAUUCGUUGCACGAUGCCUUGGAAGAGGCCUGGUCAAACCAAGGAGUUUUGUCCUCAGCUAAGAAGAGAGUUGCAGGAGCUGCCACUGUUCAGGAACUUGGGGCAUACUUCCAGGGUCGGUCGGGCACUAUUGGUCCAAGCGCUGAGAGACUCUUGCGUUUGGUACAGACAACCUUGGUCUGCAUUGGAAAGAAGAGGUUGAAGCACAAAUGGAUACAAGUCAUUGCAGGUCGAUGGGUGCACUGCAUGUCUUUUCGAAGAGCCGCGAUGGUUGUGCUGGAUCAGACCUGGGCAUACCUCGCUGGGAAGACGGAUCGCCCGGUUUCUGAAGAUCGAGUCAGGCAGGAAUUGUUCGCUUGCUGCUGCAUAGGUCUCAUGAUCCAUUCAAACUUGCGGGCAAAGAUUAGUAGCGUUACUACAGCGAGUGACGCUUCCAUGACAGGCGGUGCUGUUGGACAGAGUCGGGAGCUGACAGUGUCUGGACAGGAAUUUGCCUUUGCAGAUCAUUCAGAACAAUCGGGCGGCCGGACCCUGCCCAUCCUGGUGCUGUCACUCUUCAACGGCAUCGGAUGUUGUUUCAGGUGUUAUGACCUGAUUGGUGUGACACCUCUGGUCGCCAUCAGCUAUGAGUUGUCUAAGGAAGGCAAUAGGAUCACCAGCCGAAGGUGGCCUCAUGUCCGAAUCGAAAAAGAUGUCAGGUCGAUUCUUUCUGCCACAGUGAGGGAGUGGCGCCUAGCCUACCCGGCUGUGGAAGAGAUCCAUGUCUGGGGAGGCUUCCCUUGCGUGGGAUUGUCUGCAGUACGUGCUGGUCGGCUCAACUUGGAUGACCCAGAGAGUGGCUUGUUCUGGGAAAUGGUACGUGUGAUCAAGCUCAUACGUCAGGUCUUCGGGUAUGGAUUCAAGGUGAAGUUCGCGGCGGAGAACGUGGCGAGCAUGGAUGCAUCAGCAGAAGCUGAAAUUUCCCAGGCCUUGGGGGUUAAACCCCUGAGAAUGGACCCAGCUGAUGUGGUGCCGAUUCACCGGCCUCGCUACUGCUGGUCCAAUACGGAGCUGGCUGCAAUGGAUGGGGUCUGGGUGGAAGAAAAGGAGCGCUGGUUUGAGGUUCACAUGGAACAGCCUUACCCUAACAUUGUGCUCGAAGACGUUGGGGUCACGGAUGCCACUUUGCAACGCUACUUUCUGGCUGUGGAGAGGUUGACUCCCGUGCUUGAACUUGCCAGGAGCGAGUCCGAGCUGGAUGAUCUGGUGGCUGAAUGGAUUCAAAAUGAAUUCGAGGAUGGCACACCAUUACACCUUGUGGGGGAUGCUCUCAGCGGACUUCAUCACUUCGCUCCUUAUACCCGGAAGCGCUUGACGCAGUCCUGGCGUAUCUAUGGGAUUUGGAGGAAGUUUGAAGUCCCCUUUCGAGCACCCCCCUUACCACAGGAUAUCUGUCUUGCAAUGGCAGGUUGGUGUAUUGACAAUGGUGAGUUGGUUAUGGGUGCGCUACUGCUGCUGGGCUUUCACUGUUUGCUCAGAACUGGUGAAAUAAUGCAACUCCGGCCUUGUGAUUUUAUUAUGGAUCAAUACAGUGGAGUGGUCUCUAUACCCAGCAGCAAAAGCGGCAUCCGUAACAACACCCGGGAGAGUGUCACCAUUCGUGAUCCCAUUACUUUGGAUGUAUUACAGGUGGCGAUUGAUCUUCGCAAUCAGCUGGGAUUCCGUCGAACCCCCUUAUGGGAUCGUAGUGGAUCGGCCUUCCGAUCUCUUUUCAAAAGAGUGCUGGUUGAGCUGGACCUUGCCGCGCUCAACUUCAGGCCUUAUAGCCUCCGUCGGGGAGGCGCAACUUACGAGAUGCAAACUCAUGGACUGAUGGAAAAGACGCUUAUCAGAGGAGUCGUGCUGUCUGCCUCCUCUGAGUCAUUGACGGUGUGGAUCGGCGAAGCAGCAGUCAUUUCUGCGUGGAAUGUAAAUGGCCCGGCAGCCAACAACGCGGGACCUCAAUUCGUGUCAUCGAUCACGAUAGAUGAGGGAGUUCUGGUGGGACAGCAUUGCACCUUCACCAGAACGACGAUCGAACUGAGAUUGGAACGAAGGGUUUUCCAGUGGAGGCUCGCCAUGCAGAAGCUCUCGCAGGAGAUGUCGAUGAUGGAGUUCAUGGAGAUUGACCAAGCUCGGUUCCGCAACAAGUUGGGCAGCACCUUUGACGGCGCCGAGCUGCCCAGCACCUUAGUCUUUGACUUCCCGAGCAUCCGCGCCAUGACGGACCUCAUGGUCCAACUCACCGAGUGCAGACGAGAGCUUGCGUUCGAGAACUCACAGGCCAAGACAUCGGCGCCUUUUUUCAUCGCCAGACCGCCGUCAGAUUCGGGGGCAGCAAGGUCAUUUCCAAAGAUGUCUUACGCCUACCUCUUCAAGUACAUCAUCAUUGGGGAUACGGCCGUUGGAAAGUCUUGCCUUUUGCUGCAAUUCACGGACAAGCGCUUUCGGACUGAUCACGAUCUCACCAUCGGAGUGGAGUUUGGAGCACGGCUGAUAAACAUCGAUAACAAACAAAUCAAGCUUCAGAUUUGGGACACGGCUGGACAAGAGUCCUUCCGAUCCAUCACCAGGUCUUAUUACCGUGGUGCCAGUGGAGCCCUUUUGGUCUACGACAUUUCCCGCCGCGACACCUUCAACCACCUCACCCGCUGGCUCGAUGAGGCGCGGCAGAACGCCAACGCCAACAUGGUCAUCAUGCUCAUUGGCAACAAGUGUGACCUGGACCGCCGUGAGGUGACCUAUGAGGAGGGUGCGCAAUUCGCUCGCGACCACGGUCUGAUCUUCAGAGAGACCUCUGCCAAGACAGCGCAGAACGUCGAGGAGGCCUUUAUCCAGACGGCCCGGAAGAUUUAUGAAAACAUCCAGAACAACGUCUACGACCUCAGCAGCGAGAGCAGCGGCAUCAAAGUCGGUAUGCCACCCUCAGGUGCUGGCUAUCAGCAUGGCCCCCCACGCCUGGACCGGCAUAACCAGACCACCUGCUGUGGGAACUGAGAUCUGGAGCAGAAAUGGAGCCCUGUAAAGACAGGGCCCUGUUGGUGCCACGUCCAAAAGGGCCGGUGGCUGCUGUUGGGAAAACGUCGAACCGUUGAUUUGAUGGUGAUGAAACAUGG